AUGCUGGAGGAUGAGGAUGAUGACGUCAUCAUCGAGGAGGAUGAGGAAGGAAAGGAAGGCACUGCCAACCGUCCCGCAACGCUGGGAGACUUCAUUACCGGCGUUCUCAACGAAAAAAUAUCUAUAGGGGAACUGGAAAGUCGGAGAGAGAACGCAUUUGGAAUAGCAAUGGGCCUUGCCGCCAGGAUUGUAAACACUGCCUAUGAAAUACAUCCUCUGUACCCAAAAUACAUUUCAUUAAGGGGAGGCAAGCCGGAACUGGAAAAUCUCCGAGCAAUCGAUGUUAACAAAUUUCAGUGCUUUGUGCCUAUUAAAAGACCUGCGAGACCCGACACAUUUACGAUGGUGUACAAGUCUCCCAGCGAGUACCCCAGCCACAGGAUUCUCUUAGCUGUCAACGACAACUUAUUCUCCGUGGACAAGAUGCAGAUUUCCAAAGAGUGGGGACACUGUGUGGACACCAAUGGAUUUCUCAGGCCGGACUUCAUUCUCCACUGGUUCAAUGACGGUCUCACAGCAGCUGCUGAUUUUCUGAGAGAGGCUCGACCUCACAAAGCUAAAAAGCAUCACACCAUGGAUAUCACCUAUUCUGCUAAAAAAGACGGGACCAUACUUAUCAAAUUUUAUACAAACCAAUCCAUUCAAGCACAUCUGUUCUUCACUCUGAACAUUGUACCCUGCAUUCAAAUCAAUGAAGUCCCAAAACAGUGUCGUCUGCAGGUUCCCAUAGCGAGCAGACGACCGUACUAUGAAUUUCACACUGACUUCAAAAAGAAUAUUAAAGAUACGCUGGCACAAGGCGAGAAACUGUUUUAUCUCGCGGCUAGCGUAAUGCCUUGGACCAACGGUUGUGGAUAUGAUGGCAGUAUUGUCUGUUCUUGGGGUCUCAACAUCGGUUGUCUGGAAGACCGGGCUCUUCAUUACAUCUGUCAGAUGCCAACAGGAAAGUUUUUCAGGGAUAUCAUUAUGCUGAUAGAAAGGAUCAAAGACACGCAUGUAUUUUGCUUGCAUACACUGACCAAUCGCAUAAUCGAGAACGCCAUUUUGUAUCAGCACAAGAAAAGCAUGGGGGUCGUGAAGUCGCGGUCACGAUGGUUUAUCAAAGUCAUCGAGCGUCUUUCCUCCCACAUGAAAUCAGGAGUCUUUCCCGCGUUUUUUCAGGGUAAGCAUAACUUGCUGGGAGAUUUCAAGCCGGAUUUACUUGCCGCCACGGCUUCGGAGUUGGACAAUAUGCUUGAAGGUCUAAGAGACCUCCCAGAAAAUAUAUAUGUGUAUACUGGCUUGGAGAAUGAACUAGAGGAUAUUGAUGAAGGAAAAUUGUAUAGAGAUGAACCACCCAAGGUAAAACAAGUUGAGGAGAAAACACUCGAUUCUAAUGAGGUGGUCGAGGAGGACUCUCUGUUUGAUAGAACUAUUACAACGUUGAUGAGUGAAACUACGGACCGUUCUUACGAUGACACGUUCUGUGAUGAAAGCGACGAUGAACCAAUUUUCAUUACCGGACCAGUGAAAUACGGCUUUAAAAGGCAUGAAAUACGAUCAACAUCCAAGAUGUCGGGGCAAAUGAACUCUCGUCCAUCAUCCAAAAUGUCGGGGAAUGCGUCUGUUAGUAAAGGAGCUUUCAACUCUACUUCAUCGUCGAACAAGUUUGGACGGUCAACAAAAUCAGCGGACAAAGUUUCUGUAAAUGGAUCUAUAAAUUCAUUUGAUACAACUUCAAGAAAUGGCUCUAUCAAAUCCUCCGAUAUUGUUUCUGGGAAACUUUCAAACAACCCAUCUUCAAAACUAUCAAGACACGGUUCAUUAAUCUCGAUGGCAUCUACGAGUACAGCGUCCAACGUCUCCGUCAAUGGAUUGAAUAGUUCAGUUGGACGAGUUUCUGAAAACAUCUCGAAAGGUUCGGUGGGGAAAGUUUCUGGGGCGGAUUCGUUGAAUUCGAAGACCGUAGGACAUGUACACAGUUCUACUCCAUCACACUCCAAAACAUCGCUGCAGUCCUCAACUUAUUCUUUAAACACAAUUGCCAGGCAGACUAAACCACUUCCGGUACUAAAAGGUCGUAGCGAUAAUUCAGCCAAACAGGAAGACAUAAUGUCCAGAAAUUUGUCACCAAUUUCAAAGAAGUGA